CAUAGAGACAGUGGAAACUUCACAGGGAUCUUCAGCAUGUAGACCAGGAGCCCUCUGGACAGGAAUGACCUAUCAUGUCAGCACUGAAGAAGGUGUUGCCGGGCAUACUGCAGAAGCAUUGCUGCAUCCUACCAGAUAGGAACACAGGUGUGAAGAGGUGGCUGAUGAGGUUGAAGAGCAGGGAGAUUUAUUCAGAGUCUCAGUGCACCCUGUGUGGUGAAGCAGAAGACCAGCCGUAUUCAUGGUCCCCCAUCCAGUACUUCGAUGAAGACAGCUACCCCUCCCCUCCCAGGAAUAUGAAAGGUCUAUCAGGCGGCCGUCCCCAGCUGACCAUCACACCUGGACACACCUGCGGCCUGACGGACUGUGACCACUCCCUGGACCACCUGCAGCAUGGCAUUUCGGACUCCCGCUCGUCUUACCUGCUUAGCCCCACGGACAGCUGCCCCAUGGACCACCACCGCUGCUCGCCGCGGAGCUCCAUCCACUCCGAGUGCAUGGUGAUGCCCGUCUCCAUGGCUUCAGACCACGUCUCCAGCAGCACCUUCCCCAGGAUGCACUACAGCUCACAUCACGAGAGUUCACGGGAGGAUGGUUCCACUGCUCACAGUGGCGGAGGAGGUGGAGGAGGUGGAGGAGGAGGAGGAGGAGGUGGAGGUAGCGGUGCAGGAGGAGGCUCUGGGAAGAUGAACCGAAUUCCAGCCAACCUCCUGGACCAGUUUGAAAAGCAGCUUCCCAUCCACCGAGAUGGCUUCCACACGCUGCAGUACCAGCGCACUUCCACCACCACCACCACCAGCGAGCAGCGCAACGAAAGUCCGGGGCGCAUCCGACACCUGGUGCACUCCGUGCAGAAGCUCUUCACCAAGUCCCACUCCCUGGAGGGCUCGUCCAAGAUGAACGGCACAAAGGGCGACUCGCGCUCGGACUCCGGCCACCACCACCAUGGGCACCACCACGGCCAUCACAAACACAGCAAGAGGAGCAAGAGCAAGGAGCGCAAGGGCGACUCCAAGCACCGCUCAGGGAUCGCUGGCUGGUGGAGCUCCGAUGACAACCUGGACAGUGACAGCACCUACCGGACUCCCAGCGUCAUGAGCCGCCACCACAUGGACCACAUAAGCCACUGCUACCCGGACUCGGUCCAGAGCCACUUUGGAGACCUUUCACUUAAGACCUCAAAGAGCAACAAUGACGUCAAGUGCUCAGCUUGUGAGGGAAUGAGUAUGGCUCCCGAGGGCAAGUUCAUGAAGCGGAGCUCUUGGUCCACGCUGACUGUUAGCCAGGCUAAAGAGGCUUACCGCAAGUCCUCGCUCAACCUGGAGAAACCCAUGAUGCCUCAAGACCUCAAGUCCUCCAUGAGGCCUUGUCAUUAUCUGCAGGUUCCUCAGGACGAGUGGGGGGGCUACCCUGGGGGUAAAGAUGAGGAGAUCCCUUGCCGGCGGAUGAGAAGCAGCAGCUAUGUGAAGGCCAUGGGAGACGAGGAGAGCGGAGACUCGGACGGCAGCCCAAAGAAUUCACCGCAGAAAAGCAUGCGGCCCGGCGGCCUCAUCAAACCUGUGCUGCAGAGGCAGCUGUCUGACCAGAGCUCGUACCGUUUGGAUAAAUCGAGCAGUGACGUGGUAAAGUACCUCACCAAUUUCGCUGCAGAUUUAAGUCAGAGCUACCACCUGCAGGCUUCGAGGGAGAUCCACCCCAGUAUCACGCUGGACCCCUCGCCCAACUACAAUUCGCCCAAGUUUCGCUCUCGCAACCAGAGCUACAUGAGGGCGGUCAGCACCCUGAGCCAGGCCAGCUGUGUCAGCCAGGUCAGCCAGGUGAGCGAGACGGAGAUAAACGGUCAAUUCGAGUCGGUCUGCGAGUCCGUGUUCAGCGAGGUGGAGUCUCAGGCCAUGGAGGCGCUGGACCUGCCCGGCUGCUUCCGCACGCGCAGCCACAGCUACCUACGGGCCAUCCAGGCUGGCUACUCGCAGGACGACGACUGUGUGCCCUCCAUGACCUCGUCCACCGUCACCUCCACCAUCAGGUCCACGGCUGGAAUCCAGUUCCGCCUCCCAUCAUCAGGCAGUGUGGACAGACCCUCCCAGCAACCUCCAGCGGUCACCUACACCCCCAGCACUCCCACCUAUAAGCGGACGCCCCCUCCCGUGCCCCCUCGCAGCACCUCCAAACCCCUCAUCUCCAUCACGGCACAGAGCAGCACCGAGUCGACACAGGAUGCCUACCACGAGGGCCGUCUGGCCAGAGGAGGUUUGUGGGGCUCGGAGGGCCUGGGGCUAGGUUUAGGCCGAGCUCUCUACAACUCCACAGACAGCUUGGACAGCGCCAAGGCAGUCACAAUUGCCAUGGAAGCAGCAGCCAUGGCGAUGGCAGGAAAGAGACACCCGUCCACCGACAGCCACAGCUCCGUGAUGACCUGCGACAAAGCGGUACUGGUGUCCAAAGCUGAGGAGUACCUGAAAACACCCAGAUCCUCUAUAGGGAUACAGGUGGAGGCGGCCACGGAUUCAGAGUCCGAGAGCAAAGGAUCGCGGGAAUACCAUUCUGUAGGGAUUCAGGUGGAGGACGACAAACGUAUGGGCAGGUUUAAGCGCUCUAACAGUGUGACGGCAGCAGUGCAGGCUGAUCUGGAGCUGGAGGGUUUUCCUAUGAUGGAGGAUAAGGGUCUGCAGUUUGGUGGGGGUGGUGGGGGUUUCCAGCGUCACAGCGAGCCCAGCACACCUACGCAAUACGGGGCAGUGCGAACCGUGCGCACGCAGGGCCUCUUCAGCUACCGCGAGGAUUACCGGCCCGCUGCGGAGCCCCCCAGUCCUCAGCGCAGCCCCGAGCCCUGGCUGGAGCCUCCAGGGGGCACCAGAGAGCCCCAGGCCACCGUAGCCGUCACAGUGACCCCUCCGCAGGCCUCGGACUCCGGCAGGGUCUCGCCUUCGACCCGGCGGGAUGGCAGCUGGUUCAUGCAGCUCCUACACACCGAGACCAAGAGAAUGGAAGCAUGGUGUAAAGAGAUGGAGGGAGAGGCAGAGGAGAAUGACCUGUCGGAGGAGAUUCUAGGUAAAAUCCGGAGUGCGGUGGGCAGCGCUCAGCUCCUCAUGUCCCAGAAAUUCCAGCAGUUUUACUGGCUGUGUCAGCAAAACCUGGACCCUAGUGCCAUGCCCCGGCCCACUUCUCAGGACCUGGCUGGAUUCUGGGACCUGCUGCAGCUCUCCAUUGACGACGUCACCUCAAAGUUUGACGAAUUGCAGAAGAUCAAGAGCAACAACUGGAGGCUUAUCGAGAGCCCAGUGAAGAAGCUCCCACCCCCUGUACCAAAGAAGACACUGCGUAAGAGUGUGACGCGGGAGAAGUCUCUGGACCUGCCUGACCGGCAGAGGCAGGAAGCGCGGCGGCGGCUGAUGGCCGCAAAGCGAGCGGCUUCGUUCCGCCAGAACUCGGCCACGGAGCGAGCGGACAGCAUCGAGAUCUACAUCCCCGAGGCCCAGACGAGACUGUGAGAGAGAGAGAAAGAGAAAGAGACACUCGGAGCAGGAGGGCCUUCAUCUCCACGCCUUCAUCACACAAGCUCCGCUCACUUCACCUUCAUCGGCCUCGGCAUCAUCAUCUUCAGACAGCGCCAAUAGCGCAUUUUCUAAUCCUCAGCUAGGCAACUCGAGGGGGUCUGCGCCUGAUCAUACAAACAAGAGCUGACCACCAGGACAAAACAUCUAAACAAAUGGAACCAACACCGUUCAUAAGGCCGUAUUAAUGAAAUAAUAAAGUAUUUAUAACAAUUAUUAAUAGGAGCCAAAAGAAUCUGAGGCUUUAAUGCUACAGGCUGAAAGUUUGGAAGCAGCACUAACUAAUAAUAAAAAAUAACCAUGAAAAUGUUGGUAUUUUCUAAAGAUAACAGACAGUAAUGCAUUUAUUAGCACACUACGAAGCAGUUUGAUUGAAUGUUUAGUGCUCAACUGACUAUUUUUAUCUACCUGGCUGAUGCUCUUUAAUUUGCUCCUGCUGUUUCUUCACUUUUAGUGCCGCUCCAUUGAGAUCCCCCAUUUAGAUGUUCCUGAUCAACUCAAUCCAGUGUGAUGCAUUAGGAUUGUCUAAAGAAUUCAUCUUUCAAGAAGUCAUGUCUCAAAAGCAAGGCUACAGCCUGGAUUAGAGAGGCCUUGCUUUUUUGUUUUACUUGAAAUCAGCAGGAAUAUUUUUCCAUACUUCCUUUGGAGCACCUCCAAAGUUCAGUUACUGAAGUUAUCAGCAAAUGCGUUUACAUUUCAAUCCAAUCCACUUAGUUCAUAUUCCACUUGUCUGCAUUGCUUUACUGGUUAGCUAAAUUGGCACCUUGUAUUCAAAAGCAGAUUUUGGCUGUUUCAUGAAACUGAAGUUGGGACGCUUGCAACUGUUGAGGAUGAGGAAACUGCAACUGCAAGUGUCCUGCAACUCAAACGCAAUUUUGUUUCCUGUAGGUUUCAAGCAGUUCAAGUUACAUGAAAGCUUCAUCAAGUAAAGCCCGCCUACGUGAAUGACGAACAUUUUUGGAAAACCGAAAAAUUAUUCCAGAGCAUCUCUGGUUCAACUAGGUGUCAACAAACACGGGUCUGUUAUCGGUAAAUUGACUUUAUUGGAAAAUCAUCACUGCUUGCUUCCACACUUUCAGGCCUGUAGCGUAAGUCAUUAAGCGUGAAUCACACUGAACGCAAUCCUGUCUUAAAUGUCACAUUCAAGCAUCUUGAUGACUUCUGUAGAGAAGCAAAGUCAUCGUGGAGCACGGUUUGGGCAUGUCGAGGUGAGCUGAUAAGGUCCGUCAUUAAAACUGCUAUCAGCUUAGCCUGACAGCCUACUAAAUGAGCAUUCUCUUAGAUCUCGACGUAAAUGUUAUAGAAAUACAUUUGGCUGUACUGUUCACAAGAUUUGACACUGAGGGGUUCCCCAGUCUGAAAAGCGGUGCUUUUGCAUUAUAAGUGCUAUUACGAACACUGGGAUCUGAAACCAGCACCAGGUCACAGGAGACGUUCAGCCGUUUUUUUUAUGUUCUUGUCGUUUUAAAGGGGGUUCCCGAAAGUGAAAGCACCGUUUCUUUUUUUAAUUCGGAGCCUUGUAGCUCCACCCCAUCCCACUCUCUCUCCAUUUUUCUGUCUCUGCCUCUACGAGUCCAUUAUCUAAUUAUCCUGUGAACAAUUGUGAAAGUGCCAAUGCUUCAAAUACCUCAAAACGUGCAUGUUAGACUGUAGCUAUAUAGGUCAAAAAAUGGGCAGUCUAAUGAGUCCUUACAUUUGAACAUUUAUAGAAAAUCGACAAAUAAUACCAAUAAAAAUGGGAAAUUCCAUAUCAGAUCACUCAGGUAGACAAAAGCUCUACUCUGAUGGAAAAUAUGUCAAGAGUUAGUGGUACAAGCCGAACAACAUCAUCACCUUAUCGACGGAAAUCAAGUAUCGUUGCGCUUGAACCACGUAUACAUAAGUAUAGUGCUUGCUUUCUUUUCCUUUUUACACUUUCAUACUCCAUUCCAUCCAACUGGUUUAUAUCCCAUUUCAUAAGGAGAGCUUUUUUGGACGGUUUUGUGUAGAACUUUAAAAUCAACGAUGUAUAGGUUACAAAAAAAAUGCAUUUUUGCACUUUCUUCUUCUAAAUAUACUCCUGUAUGUAUUUCCAAGGGAAAUGUAUUUAUUGACGUUCACAAAAAAAGAGUAUUGUUGCAGUUGAAUUGCAAGGUUGCGUGUGGGUUGCGAUUUGAGUUUUCCGCCAUUUUUCUUUCUACAUGACCACCCCACCCUCGUCUUUCUUCAGGCAGGAGGGUCCUCGAAGUCUGAACGGCCAGUCAAAUCUGAUUUAGACCUUGUUUUAAAAAGCUGAUGCCAUUAUUUUUCGCAAAUGAUGCUGACAGACUCUAAAUCAACCCAGGUGAAUUAAGCAAAGGAGAACCUGAAAGGAACAUGUUGCCUGGAAUCUAAACGCAGAUGCAGUGCAUAAACAAGUCUGAAAGAAAACACUGAGUGAUCCAACUUGUGUUUGGCCUAUCACGAAGCUUGUAGGAGUUUGGUCCGCUUUCCAACUCAAGGCCAUGAACGAAUGGCUGUCUAUUAUGUUUUUUGUUAGGGUAGGAGGACUGACCAUUGGCUCAGACGUCUUAAAAUCUCCCGUGUGCUUCUGAAUGGCCAUGAUUUUUUGCCAUAUUUUACAUAUUUUGUCUCUCAGUGAACAAGCCAGUGUCAAAAAGUGGAUCCGGGGAGAUUUUGAAGCUCUCCCUGACCUUUCGUAGCACGACCAUGUUUUCUGCGCUUUUCCUCUGUGGCAGAUGGUGAGGAGACAUGAUGUGUCAUUCGGGCCCCUGCAGAAAUGGAGGCGGUGGGGGAUAUCUAGCGAUCCAAGUGGAUGUUGAGGGCGUCAGUGGACAGACAGGUGUCUCGUCUGGCUUUGUCUUUGCACAGCUCCUUUUUGUUGCAUUGGGCUAGCGGUCAGCGCUAGCAAGUGACCUUCUGCCACUGAAUUUCUGAAGAGGUUAGAGGUUAAUACUGCUAUAAACAGCAUCAUGCAAUCAUGCUGUCUUUUGUAGGAGGUGGUUCGGUUUCUCUGAGGAAUGGUUUCAUAAAACCACCCACUUAUGGUGCUGCUAACUCCAUUAGAAACUGUGGUCCAAAGAAAGAAGCUUGGCCUCUUGUCCUGCACUCCUUGUUCUGCAUGUCUGCGGGACCUUUUCUCUUUUUUGGGUCUUUAUGCUCUUUGCCUGUCUAUAUCAGAUAUGAAUUUAUAAAAACAGCGGCAGUCACCUUUGAGUGAAUGCCCACAACAUUGCACAUCCUAUUUUUCCUGGUCUCAGUGGGUCGCACCGUUGACAGGUUUAAAGCCCUGUCUCCUGAGAAGUGGUCUCUAGGGUGAAUGUGGGCUCGUUGUGCUGCUCUGAAUGUCACCCUGGGUGACCCUAAGUGUCCUCUGUGCUUCUUUUCCCACAAAAUAGAUUCUGAUUUGCGCCAAAGGGCUGCUAGCUAGGCUUCAGUUUUUCCAGCUGCUAGCGCUCAUUGUAUUUUUAACCUUAUUACUUUUACAUUAGGUUGUUACAUCAGCCACUGCCACCUAAACCGGCUCAUUUCACAGAUCUUCAGGGUAAUCCAGGUGACCGCUAAUGCGUUACGACCUCCACAACCGCUAAUUGUGGAAGUUAUGCUUAGCAAAGCAUCCGUUAACUUUGCCCUAGUGCACUCUUCAAACGUGUAGGUAAAGCGGUCCAAAGAUUUUUUUUCCAGUGUCCAAAUAGUGACCAAAGAGAGGGAGUCUGAGUGGGUCACACUGUUGACAGAUUUUCAAACAGUGGCUAACAUGUUGAAGAUCAAAUUGUAGCUAAGCAAAUGUGCUCGUUUUUGAUGCUAAGCUACAAGUUCUUCAAGUUGUCCCAUCUUGGCCCAAAGGCCUCUUGGGCCAGAGUGCUUUUUAGAGCACAACACCACUAUUUUAGUGAAAAAAAAAAAGAAAACAGUUUCAACCCCCAAUUUUAACAGAAAGUAACAGAAAGGUUGUUAAUCCAUUGUUAAGCCAUUACUUAGCGGUUAAGUGGUGUUUGCCUGAAAAGAUGUUCCUGAGGUCGUUCACAUGGCAUUUUUAUAUCCACGUUUUCUUUUGCUUAAAACCUUUCAGAUGAAAACAUAUGGUUGUUAUUACUUACUGUCCUGGAUGGGAAAUUGAUGCCUUACAUUUCUGGUGCGUGAGGUGGUGGUAGUAGUCAGUUUCCCUGGCCAUAGGCAUGGGUGGACUUUGUACUGUUGACCCAAUUUCACAUAGAGUUCUAUCUACUCAAUUGGUUGUCUACAACGCAUAUAAUACUACACACGAUUGCUGAAUUUGCACUGGAAUCUACAACGUGUAAAAUACCAGAGAUAAUGGGUGGUUGGUGUUACUCAUUAGCGUGUUUUUUUUGUGCUAAAUUUGGGCUCUUUUAUUCAUUCAAGUUCUCAUUAUUUUAAAAAAGUGAAGCUUUUGCAAACGUAGCCUGUAAUAUUGUUGUGGCGAUGUAGGAAGUGUUUAUGAAGAUAAGUGUGUUGUGCAUCAUCGGAUUUCUCUUGGGGUUCUCUCAGUCCCAUAAUUGGUUUCCACUCUCAAAACAUGCAGUUUUUUCAGUAUGUGGACCAGGCUAGGAGGCCAAUGCACAGGGAAAAUGUGCCAAAUGCUAACCCCCCCCAGUCUAGACACCAAUUAGGCCCAGUUCUACACUUUGAAAGAACUUUUAAUGGCAAAUCACCUUCGGCAAGGUAAUUUACUCCAGGACUAGGCUAAAACUGGCCUGACAACCUCCCUUGAGUGCACCAAACCUUCCAUUCAGCUAACUUUUAAGGGGCCAUAUUAUGGAAACCCAAAUCUGUCUGUUUUAUAUAAAAGCGUGUUGCAAUGUUAUAACAUCGUUAACAUUGUUAAGGUUGAAAAUGUUAAUAUGGUUUAUGUAUGAAAACAUAGAUGUUUAGAUUUUAUCUUGGUCUUUUUGUCAGAAUUACAUGGCCACCAAUUCAGCACACAGUAGUUUAGCCACCCAUUCAUAAAGAAGUGAUACGGAGUGUUGUUACUGCAGUCUGCAGCAGUUAUUAUGACAACUUAACUCCAUGUGUCUGAGCUACAAAGUGGGGUAAAACAUAUGCACCUCCAGGAAAGAGAUCCUGGUUAGCAACAACCCUGCAAAAAAUGAUAUCUAAACGAGAGAAAUCAUUUUAAAUCUAUUUAAAUAUCUAAUAUUUCUCAUUUAGAGAUUGUUUUAUGAAUAAUGUAAGAUUAUUAAAUGUUUAAUUUCAUCAAGCAAAAUUAUCGGAUAAUUUAGCUUGUUUCAAGCACGUUUCUUGAAAUAAGAAAAAUGAUCUGCCAAUAUCGUGAGAUUUUACAUAAUAAAAUUACUCAAAGCACAUAAAAAGUGUCUAGAAAUGAGUUCAAUAGACCUAUAACAAGCUGACAGAAAUCUCGACAUGAGCAAUAUGAGAUACGACGAGCCGAUUUAAGAUCGUUUCACUUUCCAAGUUACCAUCUUUUGCAGUAAAACUAGCACUUUUACAUGAAUAAAUGAUAUCUUUAACAUUUACAUUUAUUUUUACCUUCUCCAAACUGCAAAUGUUCGUCAGUGUUGCCAAUUUUACCAACAGUUGUGUCUGUAUGUUGAUUGACCAACAAAAGUGCUGCUAUUAAUCAAUUAAAUGUUGCGAAGUACUACUUUAGUACUGUUGCUGUGAGCAGCCAUGUCAUGUCAUACUGCGAAAUUUGAAUUUGCCAUCCUGACUUUCCGAGUAGGAAUUCCUCCAGGGCUUUUUUUUUUACCUGGUUUGAUGUGAAAGUUCCGGAUAACAAGCUUUAGUCCACAUGCAUCAGGCUCCAGCUAGCUAGCUUGCUGGUGUUUGUCUAGAGUCUCUCUCAAAAUGAGCGAAAUGAAACAUUAAUAUCUGGUCAAAAACAUUAAAAACACAGAUUAAGUUCAUGCGCAUCACGGUUUCACUGCAGUUACGCUGAAUAACGAAGGAUGACAGCAGAUUUCAUGGCCACCAUGAUGGCUGAAGCAGUUUGGUUGAUGAUGCGUUUCCUGUUACAGCACAGCCUCCUAAUAAGAUUUAGUGGAAAAAUCUAACAGGUCUUACAAUUCAGUUAAACCAGUUUCGGAUUGAUCCAAACUGGGACGCUACUAAUGAUUGUAAAUAAGUAAAGUAUAUUUAUGUUCUUUAAAAAAAAGUUUCAUGUAAAAUAUUUGCUUAGUGUUUAUGUUGGCCAUAAUUCAUUUCUUUGAGUGAAAAUCAUUUUCUUAUCAGUUUAUUCCACAUUUCAUCCUGCAGGAGCAUCCAAGGAGCAAGGCAGCAAAUCUUUUUAAAGUCUUAAAGAGACGGUAACAAAAAAAAACAGCCUAUUUAAUUGAGCUACAUACAGUGUUGUGGACUUCAAGGGCAAAUAAAUGAAGGAUAAAUGCCAAAUAUGGCCCUUUUAAAGUAUGACGUGCAUUAAAAGGUGCUGAGUAAUGUCUUGACCCCUAUGGUUGGUUGCCUGGCUGCAUAUCAUGCCUAGUUCUGGACUAAAAAGUAGGCAGGACUAGUUGUGGUCUGUGAGUUUAUUUAGUGGGCCUAUAGUCACAAAUGCUGUGUAUUUUUUGAAGGAAAAAUUUUCCGUGUUGCAUUCGCACGUCUGUCAAAUGUUCCCGGCGGUGGAGCUGUACAGUGCUCCACAGUUCUUGUUGUGAAAGGACAAUGCGCCACUCUGUUCUCGCUCUCCAACAACAGGGGCGGCCUAUCUCUUGGCUGUUGCAUUGAAUCCUGUUUCUCGGUCAAGACCCCAUAGCCGGCAGCUGAGGUUUCCACAAACGGACGAGAGAAAGUCGUGGAAAUUAUUCGCAAAGUUAUAAUCGCAUUAAGUAGUGUACUCUUCGCCAUUAACACAGAGCCAGAGUCCAUGUAGAAUUGUAGUGCUAGCGCGAUAAUGCUAAUAUUAGCAACGUUAGGGUGGACGUGUUGUUUAGACGAGCAGUCGCUUUGCAUUAUGACUCCAUUCAGCGCAUCUCUUGAGAUUAUCCCCAUAUUCCUUCCCACCUAAGAUCAUUUAUACCUGCCAUUUAAACAAGGUGCAUUUAAAUCCCAGUGCUAAAAGCCGUGAGCCCUGAUAUUUGAGCCUGUCUUUCUCAGAACCACCUCCAUUUCAACUGAAACUGCUUUGUGUUUUCCUUUAUUUAUAUCACCAUCCAGUGGAGUCAAGGCUGAGAGUUUAGUUGCUCGGUUCUCGGAAUGUGAAACAGAAAAAAGACAACUAACGAAGAAGUUUAAUGAAUUUAAAAUAAAGGUAGUUGUUUAGCUAAAAAUAUUUUCAUUUAUUAUACUGUAUAGGCUAUCAUAUCAAUAUUAAGGAUGAAUAUAAUACCAAAUAUUCAUUAUUUGUACAGAAAUAUAUAUAUAUAUAUAUAUAGAUAUAUAUAUAUAUACAUAAAUAUAAAUAUAUAAAUGAUGCUUCAUCGAGACAAAAAAAAAAAUAUUUUCUGCUCUUCCUCAUAGUUUAGUUUCUUUAAUCUUUCGUUGCCUGGGUUGUUUUGAUACACUCUAAUGACGGCAUGCAAGAUACUGAUAUUGAAUGUCUGAUUUGUCGCUUUCAUUGCUUUUUGUAUCACAUUGUUGAAUGUUAUACGUUGAUUUAUUUGUUUACAUUUUAUGGCACAAAAAAAAAAUGUACUUAUUAUCUAUUGAUUCAAGUGUUUCAUUUGUGUUUAAAAUAUGGUUUGGAGACAUUUAUGGUCACUCCGGUUCUUUGGGUUCCUUUUCACAAGAUCGUUUAUUUAUGGCUUUGGUCAUCCAAAUGUAAAUAUUUCUGCCAUUAAAUUUUUUGGAAGAAAACA